AUGGUGGAUGCCAGUAAUCAACAAGGUGAAAGCUCUUCACCCCAAAAAGAACAAGAAAGACAGAGCGGGUUAAGCACUCCAGAUACAACGAUUGGAGAAGGAAAGAAUAAAUCCUCCAAUGAAGCAAAAGAAACACAAUCAAACGAUCAAAAUGAGACAGCCUUAGAAAAGACCGAAUCAGGUAAAGAGCCGAAAAAGCCUCGAUCGGAUGGAAAAGUGGUAUUAACAGAUGAAAUGGCACCGCAAAUACUUGGAUACGCUUAUCCAACAUGGAAGAAAUGGAUGAUUUUAACCAUUAUCUUCGUCGUUCAAAUGAGUAUGAAUUUCAACACUUCCGUUUAUCCAAGCGCAGUUCCUUUGAUCACUGAAGAUCCAAGAUAUACAGGUGUAAGUGAACAAGGCGCUCGAGUUGGUCAAAUGAUCUUCUUGGUCGCUUAUGCUUUCGGUUCAGAAUUAUGGGCUCCUUGGUCAGAAGAAUUGGGAAGAUGGCCAAUUUUACAAGUGUCUUUAUUCUUGGUCAAUUGCACGCAAAUUUGGGCUGCACUUUCGCCCAACUUUAAAUCUUUAAUCGCCGCUCGUUUCUUUGGAGGUUUAUGGACUGCAGGUGGUAGUGUUACCUUGGGUAUGGUUGCCGAUAUGUUUGAUGCGGAUGAUCAACAAUAUGCUGUUGCAUACAUCGUUCUUUCUUCCGUUGGUGGUACAUCGAUCGGUCCCUUGAUUGGUGGAUUUAUCGCAGGUGCAGCCAAAAAUCCGUUAUACUGGAUCUUUUGGACUCAAUUAAUCUUUGGAGGAGCAACGCAAAUUCUACACUUUUUCCUCGUACCUGAAACACGUUCGACAAUCAUUCUAGACAGGGAAGCAAAAAGACGCAGAAAGUUGGCCAAAAAAGAAGGAAAUACCGAAGGAGAAAAUAUCUAUGGACCAAACGAAUUACGCACGGAUCGAUUCAGCAUGAAAGAGAUUGGUGUAACUUGGAUAAGACCAUUUGAAAUGUUUGUUCGUGAGCCAAUCGUUCUAUCUCUUUCGCUUUUGAGUGGUUUCUCAGACGCUCUCAUCUUCACAUUUACCGAAUCUUUCACUUUGGUGUUCAAGCAAUGGGGCUUUUCAACAAUUCAAAUCGGUUUAGCAUUCAUUCCGAUCAAUUUGGGUUAUAUUAUCUCGUUCUUUAGCUUUUUCCCCAGCAUUCACAGUCAAAGACAGAUUCGUAGAAGGGAUCCUGAUGCUCUUUUACCCGAAGCAAGACUUUGGUGGCUUUUAUGGACAGCUCCAUUGGAAACGAUUGGUCUUUUCGGUUUCGCAUGGACAAGUUUAGGUCCCCCACACGUUCAUUGGAUCGCACCAAUGAUCUUUUCAUGUUUAAUCGCGAUUGCAAAUUAUGCUAUUUAUAUGGCAACGAUUGAUUAUAUGGUUGCUUCUUAUGGUGUUUAUUCGGCUUCCGCAACGGGUGGAAAUGCUUUGGCUCGUGAUUUCCUUGCAGGUAUUGCGGCCCUUUACGCAACACCUUUAUACGAAAAUAUUGGUACUCUUCAUUUCGAAUGGGCAAGUACAAUUUUAGGAUGUUUGGCAAUCUUUGUCACAAUUCCAAUUUAUAUCUUCUACUGGAAAGGUCCAGUCAUUCGUGAAAGGUCGAAAUUUGCUCAAACAUUGGCAGCAGAUCGCAAACAACGCGGCGGUCAUCGUGUUUCGGAUCCACAUGGUGAUGAGGAAAAAGCUUAUCAUCAUCAAUCGUGA